GCUGUCAGCGCUCCAUAGGCUUGUCCAAUGGGAAAGCCAAGGUAUGCAGCUACAGUGGCUGGUAUUACUGCAGCACCUGUCACGUGGAUGACAGCUUCCUCAUCCCUGCGCGGCUGGUUCAUAACUGGGACACCUCCAAAUACAAGGUAUCAAAGCAAGCCAAAGAGUUCCUGGAGUAUGUUUAUGAGGAGCCACUGAUUGAUAUCCAGCAGGAAAAUCCCAUGUUGUACAAGCAUGCUGAACCUCUAGCAACUGUUGUUCGCCUGAGACAGCAGCUAAAAUCUCUCCGAGCCUAUUUGUUCAGCUGCAGAGCAGCAGUGGCUGAAGAUCUGCGUAGAAGGAUCUUUCCCAGAGAGUAUCUUUUCCAGCAAAUCCAUCUUUAUUCUCUCGCAGACCUUCAGCAGGUUAUUGAAGGAAAACUGGCUCCUUUCUUGGGGAAAGUGAUUAAGUUUGCCACCUCUCAUGUGUACAGCUGCAGCCUUUGUAGUCAAAAGGGUUUCAUCUGUGAGAUUUGCAACAAUGGAGAAAUCCUUUACCCCUUCGAGGACAUUUCUACAAGCAGGUGUGAAAGCUGUGGUGCUGUCUUCCACUCUGAGUGCAAAGUGAAGGCUGUACCAUGCCCCAGGUGUGUGCGUAAAGAGUUGCAGAAGAAGCAGAAAUCCUUCUGGAGGCAACUGAAUAUGGACGAGAACUUUGAAGAGUCUUGCAACAUGUUUGAGUUGUCGUAUCAGAACACUUGA